UUCCUCUCUUUCUCUCGCUCAGACCCUUUCCAUAUUCAAGUGUAUAUUUCAAUAAUUUUUUCUAGCUAACUAUGGCCUUGGAGGCUGUUGUUUACCCGCAAGAUCCAUUCUCCUACAUCUCUUGCAAAGAUUUCCCGUUUCACGAUUUGUACUUUCAAGAAGAAGAAGAUCUAGAUCCACAAGACACCAAGAACAACAUUAAGCUAGGGCAAGGACAAGAACAUGGGUUUGCGAGUAAUAAUUACAACGGUAAAAGCGGAGAUAACAGUGAUGAUUAUAAUUACAACGAAGAGGAUCUUCAAUGGCCACGAGACGACCUUCCUUAUGGAUCUACCGUCGAUACCAAGAACCAGCCUCCGCCGUUGGAUGUGGCGGUAGGAGGGAGGAGGAAGAGGAGAAGGACGAGAUCUUGCAAGAACAAGGAAGAGAUCGAGAACCAGAGGAUGACUCACAUCGCCGUCGAGAGAAAUCGCCGGAAACAGAUGAAUGAGUACCUCGCCGUUCUCCGUUCUCUCAUGCCACCUUCUUAUGCUCAAAGGGGAGAUCAAGCGUCAAUUGUAGGCGGAGCCAUUAGCUACUUAAAGGAACUUGAGCAUCAUUUACAAUCAAUUGAGCCUCCAGUGAAGACCGCCGCAGAAGACAACGAAACCGGCCGCGACCAGACCAAAACAAUCGCCCCUACUAGCUCAUCGGGACCAUUCUCGGAUUUCUUUGCAUUUCCUCAGUACUCGAGCCAGCCUACGUCAGCGGCAGCGGCUGAGGGGAUGGCGGAGAUAGAGGUGACGAUGGUAGAGAGCCAUGCAAGUCUGAAGAUACUUGCGAAGAAGCGACCAAAACAGCUUCUUAAACUGGUCGCAUCAAUACAGAGCCUAAGGCUCACUCUUCUUCAUCUCAACGUCACCACUCGAGAUGACUCCGUCCUCUAUUCCAUAAGCGUCAAGGUUGAAGAAGGUAGCCAAUUGAAUACAGUGGAAGAUAUUGCAGCAGCUGUGAAUCAAAUCCUAAGGAGGAUCGAAGAAGAGUCAUCCUUUAGCUAAUAUAGUUGAACUUUUAGUUAUGACACAUUUAGAGAAACUCUAAUUUUUCAAUGUGUAAUCUUUUUACUCUCUUUUUCAUAUCAAACUAAAUAAAAAUAAAAUAAAAUUCUACUUU